AUCAAACAGCAUUUUUAUAAUAUAAUGUGGAUGUAAGCUUUUGAUUGCGAUCAGUUUGAAAAAAAUUGGUGCGGUCAAUCCUGAGAUAUUGUAACCGUAUUUUAGAAUUGUGACGUUUCGUUUUUUUCCUUUUCCGUAAUCAGGUUCAGACUCAUACGUAUGCUCGCACACAGCAAAAUGGAGAAUUCAAGUGAGCAUUCUCUUCCUUUAUGCUAUUUAUGAUGUUGUCAUAGAGAUAACAGAACUCAAACCAUGUUUGGUAACAGCAGCGUAACAGUAGUAAGGACAAUAACUCGAUAACCGUAUAUAAUAAUUCCUGCAAAGUUUCACAAAUCGCAAAGCAUAAUAUGUGGUGGGGAUACAGUCAUCCGUUAGAUUUGCAAGAAGUAAUUCAAAAGAAAGACCAAGUUUCGGACAAUCUCGAAGUACUGAUUGUAGGUGCUGGUGAUGCACGGCACAUCGUAAAGACAAUAGCAUCAUCUUACAUGCAUUCUGUUCGAACGAUUACGUAUCACGUUAUUGAACCAACUUUAGAGCAGGUUGCGAGAUCGAUACUUUUGUUGAACAUUUGCUUGGAGAAAGAUUUGGGUUUGCAGGAAGCAACGCGGUAUUACUUAGAAAUUUUAGGAAAUACUCUUCUGCGACCGGCUACGGCUAAAUAUUUAGGAAAAUGUGCCAAACUGCUCAUAAAUAUUCCAACUCAGACUAUUGAAUGUCCGUGGUUGUCGUUGGAAAAAUUUAAGCAUAAAGAAAGAGAUAAUUUGGAAUGUAUUUUUAAAUUCUGGGCACGUGCUACAUGUGAAGGAGUUCCCAUCGUGAAUUAUUGGGAUCAGAGAAUCCGAAAAUCGUUGCAAAAGAGAUACGACUGCAAAGAAGGCGUUUUUGAUUGGGAUUAUUACAUGGUCUUGAAACCCAGAUGCACCACUAAUCUUUCUGUUCAAGAAUAUAAAUUUUGGCGGAAUAAUGGGGUAGCUUUCACAUGGGUCGAGGGUGAACCAGCCAGGAGCAAUCCAACUUUGUUAAAUAACAUAAUACAGUAUGGACCUGGUUUUAUACAUUACGCAUAUUUAGGAGAUAUCGUAAAUGGUCCCUUUUUUACUUGGGCUGCUAUCGAGAGAAAAGAAGAUAAGAAGUUUAGGGCAACUGAUAUCGCUGAACGAGAAGUAAUGCGUGCAAUUCAUGAAAUAAGAACGAAGGAACCAUUGUGUGACGACUACGUCGGUGCCCACAGAGAUGCAUCCAUUUUAAACGGUACUAUAGUAUGCGAAAUGCCAGAGAGUGAAAUGGAGAAUGAAUCAUGGAAAUACGGAGACAAGCAUAAAUCGGAUGAAAAAAAGAUUUCUUGGGUGGAAAUACCAAAUCACAAGGUGAUAUUCCAUCCGGCGACAUCGUUAGAAUCUUUCAAAACUAAAUGUGAAUAUCGAAAUAGAUUUCAUCUAAUUUGGGUAGCACACAAUAUGACAAAACAGCUAUCAAAUCUGGUGCCGUUGGCCUCAGCAGGUGCGCCUGUAAUUGUGGAAUUGCGCAAAUGCAUGGCAGAGUUACGCAAAGAGGAUUUAAACAUUUUCACAAAGGAACUGAAGGGAAUUGCGCAGGAAAACGGACUUCGAUCAAUCCACGAUUUUGAUUCUAAUGACCACAUCCUUGCUCACUUUUGCAAGAAUUAAAUAAUGAUUAAAUAAUCGAGAAAUAUGUGUAUAAACAAUUUAAAAAAUGUAUGAAAACUAUGAUAAUA